AUGUCGUCAUCCACCAGUACGACGGCAGUGGUCACGCCACGCCACACGAUGCAAGGUCAUGCAAGACAGGUCAACAGUGCUGUGCACUUGCCUGACGGACGACACAUCAUCACAUGUUCGUCGGACGGCUCACUCCGACUAUGGGACCUAGAGAGUGGAGCACAGAUAGGCGAGGACUGGCGAGACGAAGAUAAUGUAGUAUUUCGAUCCAUGUCAUUGUCUCCAAACGGCAAAACGAUUGCAAGCGGAGACUAUGACGGGAAAGUGAGGUUGUGGGAUGUCGAGACGAGGAAGGUCAUUGCCAGAUGGACAGGGCACGCCCAUACUGUGCAAUCAUUGUGCUGGAGUGCAGAUGAUAAACGAAUGGCAAGUGGAUCCUGGGAUGGGACGGCAAGAGUCUGGGAUGUCAAGAAGGGCAAAACCGUCCUGAAAAUCGAAACCAGUCACGCCCGGGUGAAUACGGUGAUGUACUCGCCUGACUCAUCAAAACUCGCCACGGGGGGGUAUGAGGAGAACGCUGUGAAAAUCUGGGACACGAAAACGGGAAAGCGUCUCAAAACACUCAAACACUCAAACACAGUUCGCAGCUUGGCAUGGACGUCCUUGGAUGGAAAUGGCAAACUCAUCUCCGAUUCAUAUGAUCAGAUUAGGAUAUACGACACCGCCACUUGGGAGCAAAUCGCUAUCCUUGAAGGUCACACAAAGCAUGUCACCGCCCUCUCCUUGUCUCAGAACAAUCGCCUCCUUGCAAGUGCAUCUUAUGAUAAAACAGCACGUUUAUGGAAUGUUGACACCAACCUCCCAGUUGGACCACCCCUCCAGCAUGAAAACGUUUUGUGGUCCGUAGCUCUUUCCCCUGAUGCAAAGGUGCUAGUUAUUGCCGAGGACACAACCGCGUACACUUGGGACGUUCACGCCAUCCUCAAAGAAGCUGGCCUUGAGGACAUACUUUCCAUUGGUUCCAAUAUUGUCACGGCACCAGAGGAAAGACAGGAACAGGAACAGACGCCACCUCAAGAUGAUGAUUCAGGACCCCGCUCUUCGCUCAGUGACAGGUCAUUUUUGGAACUUGAUGCUACGCGAUGUCCUGGCCAAUUUGACGAUAUAGAUGAACUUCCGCCAAUGUUUUUUCAUGGGAUGGAAGCCCCUCAGUCCUCCCCAAUGGAUGAUUUACGCCCACAUUCCUCUGCAAAUGCAUUUCUCGCUCGCCUUCUCUCGCUCCUCCACCGCUUUCGACCCGACAAUGAUGGAACGACUGAACUUCCGCAACCUUCGCGGCCUUUGGCGGUCCAUCUACGUACACUCCUCGCUCGCCUGUCCUCACUCAUUCACCGCUUUUCACCUGAAAGUGAUGCACCAAAUGAACUUCAGCAACCCUCCACGCCUUCCCGGUUAGAUCCACAUGUGCUUCUGGCUCGCCUUUCCUCACUUUUCUCCCGAUCUCGACUCAGUACAGACGAAGAAGGCGAACAUCAUCUAACAUUGCCUACGAGUUCACAUUCAGAUGCGAGGCUCAUCGGCCGGCUGUCCUUAUUCUUCCGCUCUCAACCCCACACCAACGAAGAAGCCGAACAUCAUCCCACAGUGGCUUCAAGUUCACGUCCAUAUGCGAGGCUCGUCAGCCGGCUGUCUUCACUCUUCCGCUCUCAACCCCACACCAAUGGACAAACAGAACUUCCGCAACGCCCAAGUCGUCCUCGUGUUGUCGACGUGGCUGCAGUGCGGGACAAACAGAGUUUGGUUGUUGCUCGGGGGCCAAAUUUUAAGAAAGCAAAACGAGCAUAUGAGGAACGAACCAAAUCCCACGCUCAAGCUCAGGCAUCGUCAUCGGGCACUCAGCCUGCCCAUGCUUCGACAUUAGCGACAUCUCCUGUUCCAGGUACUAACACUACCACAAUAGGCGCAGCAACCCCGCAGUCACCACCCAUCCCAUGGUGGAGUCAGAUCGUGCUAUUUCUCUGCUGUGCAUCUCCACCACCUGCCAAUAGUCAUUGAUACAAUUAGCGUUGCAGCAUUUGGACAACUACUUCACCUUUGCUUCUAGUGAUUUCGCACUUAUGUCUCUUUCCUUAUGUCUUUCCAGUACACCAUCAAUCUCAUUUCCUCAU